CGCCGCCAUUAUGAACGUCCGCAAUGCUCGGCCAGAUGACCUGAUUAACAUGCAACACUGCAACCUUCUCUGCCUUCCUGAGAACUACCAGAUGAAAUACUAUUUCUACCAUGGCCUUUCCUGGCCCCAGCUUUCUUACAUUGCUGAGGACGAGGGCGGGAAGAUUGUGGGCUACGUCCUGGCCAAAAUGGAGGAGGACCCAGAUGACGUCCCCCAUGGACAUAUCACCUCACUGGCGGUGAAGCGUUCACACCGGCGCCUCGGCCUGGCCCAGAAGCUGAUGGACCAGGCCUCCCGGGCCAUGAUAGAGAACUUUAGCGCCAAGUACGUGUCCCUGCACGUCAGGAAGAGUAACCGAGCAGCUUUGCACCUCUAUUCUAACACCCUCAACUUUCAGGUUAGUGAGGUGGAACCCAAAUACUAUGCAGAUGGGGAAGAUGCCUAUGCUAUGAAACGGGAUCUCUCACAGAUGGCAGAUGAGCUGAGAAGGCAGCUGGAGCUGAAGAAGGGCAGGUUUGUGGUGCUGGGCUCCAGGGAAAACCAGGAAACCCAGGGAAGCACAUUUCCUGGUUCCGAAGAGGAUGGUCAGAAGGAGAAGAACCCCGCCGCUGAUGAUAGUGGCAGUGACAGCAAGGAACCCAGUGAGUCCGAGGAGAGCACUGAUGUCCGGAACAGCUCAGAAGAUUCAGAUUCUACCUCCUAGAACCUGUUUAAGCAUUGCAGUUCCUCGCAUCUCAGCCACGUCUGCCCUCUAAGCCCUGGCUUAGCCUGUCUGCUCUGCAGCACCUUUCCUGGGAUCAUCUCACAAUGGCCCCAAUGGCUUCUCACUCUCAACAGCAACCGUCUACAUAUCCCCCUGGGAUUAUAAAGGAAUACCUGGAUACAAGAGCCUCCUGCACAAGAGCCAAGAAAGUUUGAGGCCUGCCAUCACAGAACCUUCUUUGGCCUGCUCACACCAUGCCACCAUUUUACUCUGUAGUAGUCCUGUGUUGGGUGUGGUUGUCUUGCAAGUUGUCUCCUCCUAGAACACUGAACAGGAAGCAGGGCAAACUCCUGAAGCUCCUCUGCUUUCAGGUUUUGCCAUUAUUUAUCGGGUUUUCAUUCUUGAGGGUGUAGUCAGGACCAUCAAGUCAGACCUCAUGCCCUCCUUCCUCUUCUUCUUCUUUUCUGGAGGAAGUAUUCUAUUUUCUCUUCCUUUCUCUGGGAACUCAUCGUUUGUCUUACCCUCCCCUUUCUUGAGGCGGUAUUCUCCUCCUCUUUGCCAGUUGGAGGAAGUCACGAGUAAGGGCUUCUACUACGCAAUCAGAACUUGGAGAUUUUAAGAAAAGGACAACCAGUGAUUAAAUUGCAGGAUUUAAUCUC